AGAAAGGAGGGUGGUAGUCAAGAAAGGUCAAACAAAGAAAGAAACCCUAACAAGAUACGUUGGCGGAGGAGACAGAGAAGAGAAGAUGACGGUUAUGCAGAAGCUGAGGAUGUUCGUGGUACAAGAACCUAUUGUCGCUGCUUCUUGCCUCAUCGGUGGCUUCGGGCUGUUUCUUCCUGCGUUCGUGCGCCCUAUGCUGGAUUCCUUUGAAUCAACUAAGCAAGUUCCUCCACCUGUAUUAAGCGAUGUGGUUGCGGGUAUGACUGGUAAAAAGUAACGACGAUACAAAUAUUGUAACUUUACUCUUCGGGCCCCAGAAAAUGAAGAAAUCGAGGUCUGUUGUUAUUAAUGAUUGUUUCUGUAAUCCGCACCCUUUUUGACCAUGCUCGUUAUACUUCGAUAGACCUGGUUAAUAAGAUCUUUGUUUUCUUUAAUAUUGUAUACGAAAAGUUUCAUGCACGCUUCAACUUGGUUCGAGGUUUAUGAAAGUUUUACUCUGUGUAAUGCUUCAUAACUUA